GAGCAGGAAGCGGAAGCGUCAAGUAACUCCUCGCUGCAGUUGAGAGCUCUGGAGCUCACUUGCUCAACACAGCCAGAGUGAGAGACAGGCACCGGGUGCAGAGGCCAGCGAACCAAUGGCUCUGCCCUGUGCUCUUGGGCUUGGGAUGCUGCUGGCCCUGCCAGGGAGCCUGGGCUCCGGGGGUGGUGCAGAGGACAGCACAGGCUCCAGCUCUGUCACCAUCGUCCUGCUGCUGCUGCUGCUCUUGCUGCUGGUCACUGGCCUGGCCCUGGCCUGGCGUCGCCUCAGCCGUGAUUCCGGAGGCUACUACCACCCAGCCCGCCUAGGUUCUGCACUAUGGGGCCGCACCCGCCGCCUGCUCUGGGCAAGCCCGCCAGGCCGCUGGCUUCAGGCCCACACUGAGCUGGGGUCCCCAGAUGAUCCAGAGCAGCAGGAGGAGGAGCCCGAUGUAGAUGAAGAUAUCAUAGAUGGUGGCCUGGAGGAGGCUACAUGCCAGGAAGAUAAGCAGCAGUGUGGAGCACAACCCCACCCAGAGCAGGCCCUGGAGCAGGUCGAGGAAGCACAUGACAGUGACACCGAUGGGGGCCUGGGCCUUGGCUCCCAGGGGCCAGUGGGCUCCGGGGGCAGUGCCGAGGCUCUGCUGAGUGACCUGCAUGCCUUUUCAGGCAGCGCAGCUUGGGACGACAGUGCUGGGGGAGUGGGGGGCCAGGGACUCCAUGUCACAGCACUAUAGGAGUCAGCCUUUGUAUCCCAUCGCUGUUACGGCCUUGCUAUGCCCCUCUUCCCAAGCUGCCACAUUGGAAUACAGCCUGUCCUGGACUUGUCACCCCACCCCUUGUAUAGCAUACAGACUGUCAUCUCCACAGUUCCCAAGCCCAACUCCUCUGAAAGGCCAUCGACAACACAGGCACUGAAUAGCCAUUUGAAAUAAAACACCUCCAGCCUUGUGGUUCU